AUGGCCGACAAAGAUGCUAAACAGCCGUCGACAGUCUCGACAUCCGAACCUGUCGAGGCACGUCGCUUCUUUCGCUGGCAUGAGCCCGGCACCAGCAAAGCAGACAACUGCCUGACUUUCUUUAUCAAACAGCUCGACGGGAACAAUGUCACAAAUGCAUACUCGUCCGGUAUGGCAGAGGACCUCAACUUCGGCCCUGGCAACGAACUCAGCUGGAUGAACACGUACUUCAACGCCGGCGUCAUCAUCGGCGGUCCCUUUUCCAACCUCAUUCUCACCGUCGUCAGACCCCGUAUCUGGCUGACUUUCUGCCUGUUCACCUGGUCCUUCUUCGUGCUCUUCUUAUUCAAGUGCAACCAUGCCUCUGAGUUCUACGCCCUCCGCUUCUGCAUCGGACUCUUCGAGUCCGCCGCGUGGCCCGGCAUUCAGUACGUCCUGGGCUGCUGGUACACCAAAUCCGAGAUCGCCCGCCGCAGCGGCCUCUUCGUCAUGUCCGGCGUUCUCGGCCAGAUGUUCUCCGGCUACCUGCAAGCAGGCCUCUACAAAGGCAUGGACGGACGAGGCGGCAUGCCCGCCUGGCGCUGGCUGUUCAUCUUCGACUUCAUACUCGCCAUCCCUGUUGCUCUCUACGGGAUAAUAUUCUACCCAGACACGCCCGAAACGACAACAGCAUUCUACCUGAACGAGUGGGAGCGCGCGCGCGCCCUGGAGCGCAUGCAACAAGACGGACGAGCCCCUAACCCAUCCCUCAAAUUCGACUGGACAUUCCUUCGCCGCGUUCUGGCGUCGUGGCAGCUCUACGUCUUCUCAAUCGCUUACAGUCUGUGGACACUCACCUGCGGGUCUUAUGUCAUGCAGUACUUUACGCUCUGGCUCAAGUCCACAGGGCGCUACUCCAUCCCGCAGAUAAACAACAUCCCGACGUCUCUCGGCGCUGUCAAUUUCGUCUUCAUGCUAGGCACAGGGUACGUCGUGGACAUCCUUGGCCCGCACCGCCGCGGCGCCGUGUGUUUCGCCGUCGGCUGUCUCUGGACGUUCUGCUUCGCGGUGCUAACGCACUGGGACGUGUCUGAGAAGCUAAAAAUGGCUGCCUUUAUUCUCACGGGUUGCUAUGGGUGCUUUACGCCGCUGCUGGCCGGGUGGGUGAAUUCGGUCUGUGGCGGGGACCAGCAGCUGCGGGCGUUUGUGCUGGGGUUUAUGGUUUCGCUGGGGCAGGCGGUUGUGAUUCCGUUCCAGCAGCUGCAGUUUCCCUCUAGCCAGGCGCCGCAGUUUAAGGAGACGCAUGGCUGGCCGAGUGGGUUGGCGUUUGUGGUUGCGUUGACGCUGUUUACGGGGGUUGGGAUUGAUGGUGUGAGGCGGUUGAGAGAACGGAAGUAAUAUUUAACCUGUUUAGUAUUUGGUACGUUAAUUAGGGUUAAAAUGGGUAAUUUCUAGCGGAUGUCCCCCGCC